AUGGAGAUCAGAAGAGUUUGUGUCCUGCUGGGCCUCCUGCUGCUCACAGACUUCUCGUUCCAGCAGAACCCACUGAAGAAGAAGCCGCUGAAGAAAGGUAGAAAUGCGACGAAGGACGCUGCGGUGGCAGAUCUGCAGAAACAGAUCCAUGACAUAGUCCAGGAGCUGAACCUGCUGAAGGAACAGCAAGCUCUGCAGACAGUCUGUUUGAAAGGCGUAAAGAUCCACAGCAAGUGUUACCUGGCCGACCCUGUGAAGAAACGGUACCACGCUGCCAGCGAGGACUGCAACGCCCUGGGAGGGGUCCUCGGGGCCCCCACAUCCAGCGCCGAGAACGACCAGCUCAGAGAUUACAUCCGUCAGAGCAUCGGCCCCGACGAGCAGGUCUGGCUGGGCGUCAACGACAUGACGACCGAGGGUGCCUGGACGGACCAGACCGGCUUCAGCAUCACCUACAAAAACUGGGACACGUCCAACCACAGGGCCCCGCAGCCGGACGGGGGCAAGUCCCAGAACUGCGCCGUCCUGUCCGGGGCCUCGCAGGGGACGUGGUUUGACGAGAGCUGCCGUGAAGAGAGGCCCUCGUUCUGUCAGUUUAACAUCGUUUAACACAGAAAACAAAGAACCCAGUCAGACUCCUCCUGCCCAACGACCCGAAGCUCAAUG